CAGUCAGUGAUCCGGAGACAGAUGAAUGAGCUCUGCAUGGCCAUGGCGUGUGAUAUGAUAGCGUUUAUGCAUUCGGAUGUGUGUGUCAUGUGGAUUAGCAGAAGGUGAAAGUGAAAGUAACUUUUACAAUACGUUUUAGGAACCAGACAAGAGACAAGGAGAAAUAAUAGGCAGAAGACAGAGACAGCACAGUGAGGCAGUGGCCCUGCGAGACUGCCAAGAGACAACUUGGUAAGAAAGAGAGAGAGGUGAAAAGAGAGUGCAUGAAAAAGGAACGAGAUAGGAAAAACAGAUAACGAUAGUGAAAGUAAGUGGAGCGGAGGCGUGACACAUAAGGAACCCCAAACAUUCUAAUAGACAGCUUCAGUUAAGCUUGCACUCUCAUCAUGCAGCCUGCACUCUCUGUAUCUCAGCCUCUGGAAGGAGGAUUCAGCUUUGAGAACUGUCUCAGGAAUUCCUCCUUGGAAAAGCAGGGCUCCGCACUUUCCCUUCAACCCCCAAUACCGCGCAAGACUGGGACCACCAUCGCUGGACUCAUAUAUAAGGAUGGGGUCAUACUUGGAGCUGACAGAAGAGCUACUGAUGAUAUGGUCGUGGCCGAUAAAAACUGUGACAAGAUUCAUUUCAUCACCGACAAAAUAUACUGCUGUGGAGCUGGGGUGGCGGCAGAUGCAGAAUAUGUGACUCGACUUCUGUCCUCAAAGCUGCAUCUCCACGCAAUGUCUACAAAUCGAGAACCACGAGUGUGCACUGCUAACAAAAUGCUGAAACAGAUGCUUUACAGAUACCAUGGUCACAUCGGAGCAUCUGUCAUUAUAGGCGGUGUGGAUUUCCGCGGCCCACAUCUGUACAGUGUACAUCCUCACGGCUCUACAGACACCACCCCACACACUGCACUGGGAUCAGGAGCGGCUCAAGCUACUGCUUUGUUUGAAGAUCGCUACAAACCAAACAUGGAGUUAGAGGAAGCCAUGAAACUUGUCACCGAAUCAGUCACCGCUGGGAUCUUCGGUGACCUGGGAUCAGGGAGCGGGGUGGAUCUGUGCAUUAUUACCAGAGAAGGGGCCCGCAGUCUGCGUGGAUACACUAACGCUGAGACCAAGGGAAAGAGGCUAGCAUCUUACCGUUACCCUCGAGGAGCCACAGCUGUGAUGGGUGAAACCGUUAGACGUCUAGAACUUGUGGAAGAAACAGUCCAGAUAAUGGAUAUAGAGUAAACAUGCUAAGGACAUAUUAACAGGAUGAUUAAAACCAUGCUUGCAAAUGCUUAUAAUCAAGGACAUUACUAACAGACUAUGGGUCUAUUCACGAUAUCAUUCGUCUCAAUUCUCCUGUAUUCGGUUGUUUAAAUUUCUAUUUGGCUUCCUGUAUGCAUUAACUAUUAAAUGUAGAAUCAUUGGAAAAUAGCUGAAGGGAAUUGCAAUCAAAUGGCAGAUAAAGGAGAUAGAGGAAGACAGGUUUUAGUCUCAGUCAUUGGUAGUGAAACUAAAUUGCUAAAAUAGCUGUGGCUGUAGCUGUCAGCACUUUUUGCCCAAAGUUUGCAAUUUGGUUUUAAAUUCACUAUAAUAUAUUAUUUAGCAAAUAAACAAUGACAUCGUAGAUUUGCCGAGCAGAGAACAUCUGAGCUAAUCACGGUUUUGGAAGGGAACACGCUGCCACACGCACUAAAUUCAUUGAUAUCACUGUCUUGCUAUCUUAAAAGGAACUCUCCAAUGUUAAACCAAUGCUCAGUGCUCUAACUUUUAGAGUGGUCCUUUAACCCUAACAGUAUCAGACACCCACCAAAGCAGCAGCUAAAGGGUUCUCCCCUCUGGAUAAAAAGGCAUGCAUUUAAUCUUUUUAUCCAGCGGUGACUCCUCUCUGCCCUGAAGGGACUGUCAGAUAUGACAGUCUUCCCUUUAUGUCCGGUGAAAAUUGUCGCAGGCACAGCAAGUGCACCAAUCAAAUGCCUCUUAUAUGAAAGUAUUAACACAUUACAGGGUCAAUAUUUGGUUCCAUCUGAACCUAUUUCAUAAACUCCUGUCCAGCAAUGGUUCAUAGGUCAACUAGUUAUAGGUGCAGUUACACUCACCACAUACAACGGAAUGUCUCUAUAAACAGAUAUCACUUCUAUAUCACUUGGCACAGCCUGGUUCAGUUUUAUAUGACUGUCAAAGCUGAAUGUGUGUGCUUGUGGUUCCCUGCCCGGAGAGAGAAAGCUUAGUCUGUAUUCUGUGUGCACCCUGUUAAGGCUGCGCAUACAGUUUGGACAAAAUUAGCACAGGCAAUCCGGAACAUAGAAUUCUUACUGUUAAUUGACAGUUCUAGUGGGAGGUGUUACAGCUGCAACAAUUUUUCACAUUGCUGCACUGAGACAGUAUUAGAAAUGAAAGUAUAUGUACUC